AUGUAUUAUGAUGACAACAAAGAAAUCAUGGAAAUGAAAGCCCUACUGGAAAAUGAUUUGAAUAUUAGAUUCGACAUGGACCAUGACAAAAUCUUCACCUUGGCUACAUUGUUGGAUCCAAGAUACAAGCAACAGUUUUUCGAGGCAGAGGAUCUCAUCACCAUUAGGUCCCAAUUUUUCGUAGAAUCUCUGAAGAAUAGCAUGAGUGAUGACGACAGCGACAGUAGCAAAAGAUGA